CGUUCGGGCUCCUUAACUCCAGGCGAAUUGGGAUCACAGCGAGGAGGGAGAGCAUGAGGGAGAGUUUCGUGUUGGACGAUCUUUAGUCAGAGAUGAAUAGCCAACCAUGGCGUACGUCAAUGUCGCAGAAUGGAAGACAGAUCAGGUGUGUGAGUGGCUGAAAGGCUUAGACAAUUCGGUGUUACCGUACGUUCACAGUUUUAUGAACCAUGUUGUGAAUGGUCAACAACUAUUGAAUCUCAGACCGGAAGACUUAGAACACCUUGGGGUACUAAAGCUUGGCCAUCAAGAAAUAAUUCUCGAAGCUGUUGAGUAUUUGAGAAACUUUCACUAUGAACUUGACCAUGAAAAUUUGCAGCUUCUGGCAUUACGACUGUCUUGUCAGGCCCACAGUCUGCAUAAUGAAUUAUCUCGACAAACCGAUUCUAAACCCGUCACCACUCAAACUUUAUCCGACGUAGCAUCGGUUGUAACAUCUCUCAAGCCUUUGGUCUGUUGGCUUGAUCGAUCUCCGUUUAGCGGCCAACUAGAAUACAAUGAUAAAAAGGCUGAGUUGUUGAAGCUUUCCAUAGAAAUGGCGACCUGCGCUCAACGUGACAGAUUCGCUGAAAGACCGAUUGAAGAGAUAAGAACUACUUGUGGACAACUAGCUAAAUUGGCUGAUUACAUUAUACAAGACAUGGCCGAUCCCAUGAUAUUACAGCCAGCGAGUCUGGAUUUAGCAACGUUAAAGAAAAGGCCAGGUGAUGAUUUGGGCUUCUACAUAUUGCCAUCGUUCCAUGGUGCUCAUCAAAUAGCUGAAAUUAAAUUCGGAUCCGCAGCACAUCAAUGCGGUAAAAUGGAAGAAGGUGAUGAAAUUGUCCAGGUAAAUUAUCAAACGGUUGUCGGAUGGGAGAGAAAAAAUGUGCUGGAACUCUUCCGUGAAUGUCCUGCCGAGGUUUUAUUAACUUUAAAACGAAGGCCGAGGCAUACAAAAGUGUACGGCCAGAUAUACAUAAAACCUUACAGGCUACCAAGCAAUAAAAAAACAACAUAUACUACGCGAUGGCAGCAUAAUCUACCAUCACCACGGCCAGAGUUGCUAACGAUACCAGAUUUCACUAUGCCGUUACCUCGGCAAGUACCAAAGAUUCCCAGUCCAGAGCCUGCAAGUAUUUUGGACACAGUCAUCACCUUGGAUACGAUGCCAUCUGAUAGCAGUGAUUCGGAUAGCGAAGUCGAACCUCCGUCAUCAGUUCGUUUGUAUUCUUCUAAACCCAGAAAUCUGGUACAAAGACGCGCUACAAUAACAGGUGCCAGCCCAAUGAUUAAACAUGGUGUAGAUAUUGAACAGUUUUGGCGAGAGUUGAAAGAAGAGCAUAAUACGACCUUUCAAUUACGGGAUAAGGCUGCAUCUUGUGCUCAUGGCUUGGAUAAUGUCCCUUCAAAUUUGAGACCACAAACUUGUCUGGGCAUAGAACAAAGUAAACGGAAAAGAAAAUUAGAUGGACAGACAGAUGAAAAGAAAGUUCAAUUUCAGGAGAAGUCUGAAGAGGUUGAGAAUACCCAUGUCGAUAAAGAUAAGUCGAACCAAAAUUUAAAGCACACGCUCAGCACACAAAAGAGUAUUUCCUUUGACAAGAAUACAAUUUACUCGGAAAAUAGACUUAUGGAUGUGGAAUUUGACAUUAGCUGUAAUGCAAAUGAUACUCAAGUGCCUUUAAAUGAAUCAAGUAAUAAUAAAAAUAGCUCUAGUAUUUUACAAGAUGUUCAAACAUGCGAACCAAGUGCUCAUCAUAGAGAACGAGGCAAGUUGGACAAGAGUUAUAGUACACCGGCGUACGAUUUGACUGAAAACGAUUUUGUGGAACGGAAAUUGGCCACCAUUGAAAGUCAUUCAAAAUUGAGCUUGAUUUCAAAUGCAUCUAGUUGCAGUUCAAAUAAGACUGAAUCUUUUCCAGGUGAUGGAAUUAUUAUUAAUGACGUUAAUAAGAAGUUAGAUAAUACGGAUAAGAAUUCACCGAAUAUAGAUACACAGAACAUUGGUAGCGUUGCACAAAAAAUUAAUGAUUUUGAAAAAAACAUUCGAAAUAUCGACAUCGAUGUAAAAUCAAAUCUUGCAAAAGUGCUUGAAAGAACAGAUGUUAGUAGAGGCGUUGUACAUAUUAGAAUUAACGACGUUGACCAUAGAAGUAGUACUGAAGAUUACCAAAGCAAUAUUGAAAGCAUUCAGGCAAUUACAGAACUUACGAGAGAUACCGACAACUAUAAGGAGAUUUAUUUAUUAGAUAAUAAGAAUCCUAAAAACAAAGAAGUAGAAGAAUCACGCAUUAUCAGUGAUGCACCACCUAAUUAUGACACUUCAAGUCAUGAGAGUAGUGUUGAAAAGUCCGAGUCGACCAGUAGCUACAACGAAAAUGUAGGUAGCAGUAGUGAAGGUGAUACAACAAUUCAUAAGUUUGGCGAACUUAUAGAAACUAUUAAUCAUGCUUUGAUCGCACAUACUAAAUUGGUGCAAGUGAAAGCCAGAAGUGCUGAGAAUUUGCACAAUUUUAAUGAGACAAACUCUGUUAUUGAAACAAGCAAAAAUUUUGAUGGAAAUAAUGAACAAGUUUUGGAGAAACAUAGUUCGGUAACAAGCAUUCAAAACAACAGUUUACAAACAAGACAACGGACAGAUAUACCCAAAGCGACAUCAACAAAGCCUGAGGCUAAACAGAGAUCAACUCCUCCUGAACCUCCUCCACGUAAAUAUCUAAAACCAGCACCCCUAAAUUUAACAAAUAUAUCUAAUCCUUCGGAAGGUCAAGAGAAGCCUGUACCUCUGGAGAGGCCUAGUGUUAGGAGAGAUCUGAAAAAAUCGGAAUCAUUUCUUGAUAAUCCCGUAAAUUUUGAUACCUCAGAUGAAUGUCAGAAAAGUGAAGUCAUAGAAACUUAUAGUGACUUUGUCGCAAAGUCAACUGAUUUUAUUGAUGAACCAAGUACACCACUUGGAGAUCAUAAACCAACUUUAUUGACGGAUCCUUAUGGUUAUUCUGAAAUUUAUGAGGGUCAAUUUAAAGAGGAGAAGGCUUUUUUCGAGGGUUCCUCGAUUAAUUCCGCAUCGCUGGAACAACACACAUUGGACAAUAAUAUUUCAAGGAACACGGAUUCUCCCGAUGGUGUUGGUUGUUCUAGGCAAAUGCAAACUCCUGAUUCGAAACCUCGAACUUUAGAAAAGGACAAGAGUUCAGAAAAAGGUGUUGUUAACAGAGCAAUGAUGGUUGCUCGCAGUAUAGGCUUGCAUGCCAGCUCAAGUAAAGCUUCAGGUUCAAGUCCUCGAAGCAGCCGUAAACGAAAUUUGUUACUUGCCAAAAGGAGAAACGUGUCUGUUAAAGAUGUUGGAUUAGGGGAUCUGGAAGGAUGGUUGACCCAUCGCAGCAGAGGAGCUGGAGGCGCAUGGGCUCGAGCCUGGUUCAUUUUGAAGGGUUCAUCCUUAUACAGGUUUAAAACGCAAGAGAGCGUAAAAGCUGAUUGCCUGAUUGCAUUAACAGGAUUUACAGCUUCACAGGCGACAGAAGUGAAAUCUCGAAAAUAUGCUUUCAAAGUUUAUCACACAGGGACUGUAUUUUAUUUUGCGGCAGAUACAGAGGAUAUUUUGACUAUUUGGUUAGAUGCAAUUAACAAGGCAACGUUAGGAGCGGAAAGCCAUGGGCAAACGAGUGCGUUAUUUAGUGAAACUGACGAAAGUGACAGCGAAAACAAAGCAAAGCUCAAAAAUGGUUCACCACUGGACAAACCAAACUUGGAAAAGAAGUUCGGAUCUUUAAAGAAACUUGGGAGGAAAGAUUCCAGCUUUAAAGAACAAGAGAUGGGGGGUGCAAGCCUUGAUCGAAUGUAUUUGAGGUUUCUCAGAUACUCAGGAGCUGGGUCAAAUCAAAUUGUUCCAGUACCCACUGCUCAAUUCAGGAGUUAUAGAAGAGUGCUACCUACAUCCACUCCAAAUAGAAAACAGGACCUAAUUCCACAUUCUCCGGAUUUGCAAGUGACUGUAGCGGGAAGUACGUUUUAUGGACUGAGCUCAUCUCAUAGUGCAACGGAUGUGCCAAGUAGUCAAGACAUGGGUGAUUAUCGACGAACAUCAGACAGAUCACAUAGCAGUCGGAGUAGAAGGCCUGACGACCUACAGGGAUUUGUUACAUUGGAACAGUUCAUGCUGUCACAUCAGGAAGAAGACCGUCGUCAAGAAUUAGGAAACCGAUCUGUAUCGCCUCACGUCACUCUACUGACCAGUGAUCAUGUACAUAUACAGCAUAGAAACUUCAACGAUAUAUCACCAAACAAUGGCGUUAUAUACGGCCAAACAAGAAACUUCGAUGAGGUUUUACCAACCAACGGAGUGAUAUAUGGGCGUACAAGAAACUGGGAUGAAACAUCUUCCAACAGCAGCAGUACUUCCUACGGACUCACACGGAAUACUGACGAUAACCAUGGUCAGAGUAAAACUAAGGAUCAGUCCAAUUGCCUUCAAGCAAACAUCAAUGAGGAAUCUUCACACGAGCUAAGUCGAGUCAAUGAUUAUCUGAACGAAACACCUUCUGCAAAGAUUAAGCCUUGUCAGCCAGUAUACAGGCACAGAAAGCAGCAUGAAACCUAUUCGCACAAGAGCAGACCACAGGAGGGUGUUGUGUAUUAUCCAAAUUGUCAGAAUGAGCCAUCUUAUCGGCAAAACGAACCAAAUUUGCCAUAUGACAGUAGAGCGGAAAAAUCUCAAACCUCAAACAGACAAAUAGAUGCCAUUUAUGGACAAAAUGCGCACAUACAUGGUCCAAGAACUCCUCGGAGACAAGACCUCAAGCAUGGAAAAAAGAGUAUUGACAAUCAUGCAACCAGGGUCUCAGAUACUAGUGAGAUACUCGCCAACAUUCAUUCUGCACCCAAGAGACUUGUCAGAAAUGAAGGAUAUUUGGGGUCAAGUGGGGAUUUGGCAUCACCUGUGUCAUCAGAAACACUGCAGCGUGCACGGAAAAUGGCAUCGGUAACGCGUAAAGGAAGUUUUAAUCUUAUAGAUCGUCGUCGAGAUCAUUCCACACCUGAAAAACAUUGGAUAGAUUCAUUGAGAAGAACAGAUAAAAAGAGUACAAGUUCGGAUAAAAGUAAAUUGAAAAAUGCUGCACAAUACCAACCUCCGCCAAUACCAAGCUCACCAUUUGAACAAGACGGAAUGAGGCCAGCAUUUGAAAUGCAUUUGGACAAGAGUGAACAUGUUCAAAAAACUAACAGAUUUAAAAGUUUGUUCGGGAGCAAAACCCCACAAAAGCCUAGCACUUUGGAUUUGCCGAAAGAUCAUCAGAAAACAUUAUUAGGUUCACCGAGACUGCACAGAGCUAUUUUCAGAGAAAGACGGACUAACCAACAACAUCAAUCGAAUCGCUCUGGAAGUCAAAGUCCUGGAGAUAGUGGAAUUAGUCAGUCUCUAAGUUCCUUUAGUGGAACCAGUCAAUCCCAAACACUUAGUCAGAGCUUCAGUUCAACAAGUUCAGUUAGUGAUUGGAGUCCAGAUACACCAACGACAAACAUCCCCAAGUCCACAUCGAUACCAGUUCACAUUCAACAACGGUCAUCAAAUUCAAGCAGAAAUUCUUUGGCGCCUCCAACAUUGCCGUACAUUCCACCUCCCACGUCACCGCCACCAGAUUACCCUGGACUAGAAUACCCUCCUGUUUUCGAACCAGGUACAUAUUCUUUGACCGACGCUUCUCUUCUACGUAAUCGAAGUAAAAGCAGUCAAAGUAAAAGUGAUUUGUGAUUAUUUUACGUAUUUAUCUAUGUUCGUGGUUGACAAUACCAUUACGUUGAGCUCUAAAUAUUCAGAUAGAAGAAUAUUCAAUGACAUAUCAUGUCUGGCAGUUCAAUUUCUUGACAACAAGUGAUGUUAUAGUUAUACCAAAUUACGAAUAUCUUUCUAUGAAAACAGAGAGCAAAAGAAAAUUGCGCUUUUCACGGUACAUACAAAUUAAACCCUCGCUUAGAUUUUUCCAUUCGAAGUGAUUUGGGCAGUCCUGUCCAGUGAUUUUCAAAUAUAAGUGUUUAUUGAGAGUACGUGUCGUAGAUUUUUAUACUGAAGACUCAAAAAUCUCAUUGUUAUCUUAUAUGAACAGAUAUCUGCGUAUAUUAUUAUUUUUUUGUCUAUCAAUGUUACAUCAGAAGUUGAUCUACAUUCAGUAUUGAAAUUAAAAUACAGAAUUGAGAUUUACGUAUAUUUUGGGUGAACUUUUCAGUGGCGCAAUACAUUCGUUUUUAAAGUUGCAAUUCCAAUAGUCGCCUAGCCCAAGAAUCGAUAUUGAAUUUGUGUCUGAUAUACCUGAUUACGUAAAAUUAGAACUACUGUUUUGAUUGAAUGUAAAGAGAGAAUUGUUGAUAUUUGAUAGAAAAAUAAUUGAACGCCUGAAUUUGAUCGAGGGCUGAAUUAUAUACAUUAUAUUUCUGUACGAAUUUAUCCAUGCUAAUGAGAAGAGAGAUAGAGUAUUUAUCAUGAAAUAAGUUCAACUCAGUGCUAUCUAGAGUUAGAUGUAAUAGUAUUAAUUUACACGAACGAAAAAGAAAUAUUUCUGCAUCAGAGGCACAGUAUCGCAAGUAGCCGUCCAUGCCGUGCCUGCAACAUUAUUAAUAAGUUUUCGAAGUAUCCGUAUGUGGCCAUACGGUCUUUGAAGAUUUGUUGUUGAAUAGCAAUACAUUUUUUGAAAUAUAUUUACAACUGAAAUGUUUCAGACUUUAUGAAUAAUAUCUAAAAUUGUCAUUCCUAUACGCGGGUGAUUUUAAUCGUUGUUAGGGAUAAGAUUAAAAUCGAACAGCUUCAAUAAUACUUCACUUCCAUGGAUUUAGAUUAUAAACUAUGACUUUCAAUAUCUUUAAAAUAAAUAAAUUAUUUUAAUGCCAUUAUCUAUAAUUAUAGUAUUAUAUUUAUUUAAAUUUUGAAUCUGUUACCAGUACGCUUGCUCACAUUAAAACUCUGGUACCGAAAUAAUACCACCUAUAUAUUACAUGAUUAGAAAUGUCGGAUCAAUUUAUUGUUUAUAAGUUCUUCCAUGACUAAUCAUAUGGAUAAGAUUUAGGUUUAGCAACAGUUACGUAUAUUCCGGUAAAAAUUAUUGCCUCAUUUCAGCCUGUAAAUAAUUUUUCUUACCUUUUCAACAAUAUUGAAUUCUUAUUGGAUGAAAUGUGAAUGAAAGAGAAAGAAAAAGCAAUGUGAUUCUGCGUUGAAAGUGCCUAUAUUAAAUGUAAAUGUAAAUCCUAGAAGACACACAUAUCCUAUUUAGCGAUUACGAUUUUUAAAUUAUAUCGAUAAAUAUAAGGAAUUCAUAGAAAUGAUUGUAGAUAUCCGUAUAAUUUUUGCUAUUUAUAGCGUUCAGUAUUAACAUAGAUGCAUGUAGCAGCUGCAUAAUUUAACUGUACACACUUUUAAUCAACAUGUGACUUCGAAAAGAGCAAUCAGUAACAAGUGUAAAAUAAAAAAUUUUCUGCCAAAAUAAACACUUGCAGGAAUAUUAUAUUUCAUUACAAUAAGACCGUAGAAGAAAUGUCGUUUUAGUUGUUUGUUGAACAUAACUUUUGAUGCAUAUUUUCUGAUAAGGAUUCUGAUUCUUAUGCGUCUAUGUUCUCAACAUGUGUAUCAUACUCUGAAUAAUGUACAUACAUACGGAAUAUCAGAACCUACGCACUCGCUGAACAGAAAAAAAAUGUUUAUUUUACGAAUACUGUACCAUAUUUCAAAUAAAUGAAUGACAAGUUGAAAAUUA